AUAAUCAGAAGUCAGUUGAAAAAGAACCGUCAUAGAGUAAAGAUUCUGUUUUCGUGAUAUUUUACCUCAUAAGAGUUUUGUUUUUAAGAUUUUUUUUAUUAUGUGUUCUAGUUCUGACAGUUGGCUAUGCCAUAAGUGAUAUAAGAAGAAGAAUAAUCAGUAUAAUACAAUUUUAAAAAAAUAUUUUUAGUAAUAAUAGAUGCCAAGAAGUGGAAAGUAAAUAAAAAAAAAUGAAUGAUAAUAAUAAUGAACAAAUUUAUAUUUACGAAAUACCUUAUUUCAUUCGUAUGGAAUUAUGUGGAGUCUUAAAUCAGAAUGACAAAUGGGAAGAAUUAGGAAUAGGAAUGCAAUUUAACUUCGAUGUUGUGAAUGAGCUUCGAAAAGAGAGUAACCCAACUGAUGCGUUACUAACUAAGUGGAGUCAAUAUAACCACAAAAUAUUAGAACUCUUUAUUCUUUUAUCAAGAAUGCAACAUUAUCAGGCAAUGAAUAUUUUGAGGCCAUUGGUCGAUCCAAAAUAUCAUCUUCUUAUAGAUAAAGGAGAGGGAAAUUUGCGAAAAAAAGUUAAAGAAAAAUUGCAUAAAAAGACAAAGGAGAACGAUAUGAGUAUUGAUACAAAAAAUUUCAAUAAUGCUUCCCCCACUCAAAAUCUUAUUCAAAAAGUCGUAUUAAGAAAUACUGAUGAUGAAGAAUGGCGUAAAAUAAUAAAUGAACCGAAGAAAUUUAUGAGUCCGCCUCAUCCUCAGAGUUAUUCGAAUAAUCUUUUACAUGAAUCUUCGAUUGAUAAUAAUUUACCUCUAGCAAUGUAUGAUGAACUUACAAUUGGUACUGAUAAUUGGAAUAAAAUGAAUAUUCUUGGAAAAGGUGGAUUUGGAAUAGUUUACAGAGGUGUUUGGAAACAUACUGAUGUUGCAAUAAAGAAAAUAGAACGUCGCUGUGGAAAGUCUGACGAGAGCUACGCAACACAACUUCAACAAUCUUUGAGGGAAAUAAAAAUUUUAAACUCACAUCCCCAUGAUAAUAUAUUGGCCUUAUAUGCAUACAGUUUAAAUGGAGAUGCGCCUUGUCUCUUGUACCAAUUAAUGCCUAAUGGAUCUUUAGAGGAUAGAUUAUUAAGAAAGCAAAAAACGGAACCACUGUCAUGUGGAAAACGAUACAAUAUUGCCAUUGGAACAGCAAGGGGUUUACAGUAUUUACACACUAUUGGAGGCAAGCCUUUAAUUCAUGGAGAUAUUAAGAGUGCCAACAUUUUAUUGGAUAAAUAUUUUGAGCCGAAAAUUGGAGAUUUUGGUUUAGCUAGAGAAGGACCAAAGGAGGAUUCCAUCAAAGUUGUGAGUAAAAUCUUCGGAACCAGGCCAUAUCUUCCUGAAGAUUUCAUUUCCAGUAGAAAUCUUUCAACUAAAAUUGAUACUUAUAGUUUUGGUAUCGUUAUUUUUGAACUGGCAACUGGAUUACCUGCCUAUGAUCACAAUAGAUCGGAAUGUAAAUUUUUGAGAGAGUUGAUGAAUAAAUGGGAAGAUAAAGAGAACUAUAUUUUAAUGGAUAAAAUGGCAGGUUAUAAUCAUGUAACCUUUACUUAUUUAGUAACACUAGGAAAGUGGUGUACAAAUAAACUCGCACAAAAUAGACCCGAAAUGGACCAAGUUUAUAAAAAUUUGAGUGAUUCUAAAAACAGAUUUUUUAUUCUUUCAAGGUAGAUUUUCGAAGUGUAAAUGUUGUGCUGUACUUUUGUCUGGAUUAAUCUCAUAUGCUGUUAAGUUUUCUGUUAUAUGUGACAUCUACUUUUUAAAAUAAAAACACUAUUUUGUUUAA